AAAUUCUCCGUAACUCCUGCUUUAGUUUACGGGUUAAUCUCUAUGCGUCCUCACUGUGUGCAACCGAGAUGACAUGAGCAGAAAGCACUUUACACAGAGUAACAGCUGACAAUGUGAUCAUACAGAAUAAAACAACAUGUAAAGACUCAAAGCUUCCAGCUUUUGCUUUAGGGACGGGGUCUUCUGCUAUUUGACAUUCGUGUUUCUGGAAAGGCGUGCCCUUUAUUGUCGGAGUCGAAAACUCAUCGCAAUCAUGCAGCAAUCAUUUUGAUCAUCACGGCCACCCCCCGAGAGCCGUGAGAACCCACGCUCACCGCCCUCGCCACGAACAGUGCGCAAAGGCGCAAACGGGACAUCUGGAGAGCUUUUACGCACAGAGAUCUGUUAUCACUCGCCAUGGAAGAGAAUCUAAGCAGUUUGAGCGUGCUGAACUGGGAGCAGGUAAAGCGCCUGGAUGUCAUCCUCACCGAAUCCAUCCCCAUUCACGGCAAAUGGAACUUCCCCACUUUGGAGAUGAAACCUCGGGAUAUCGUCAAAGUCGUGCGGUGUCGCAUGGAAGAGCGCAAGAUUCACGUCCGGGAGGUCCGGCUGAACGGUUCCGCGGCCAGUCACGUCCUCCACGAGGACAGCGGUUUGGGCUACAAGGACCUGGACCUCAUAUUUUGCGCGGAUCUGAAAGGAGAAAUGGAGUUUCAGACCGUCAAAGAUAUCGUUCUCGACUCCCUCCUGGAUUUCCUGCCCGAAGCUGUGAAUAAAGAGAAAAUCACACCAGUUACAUUAAAGGAGGCUUACGUGCAGAAGAUGGUGAAAGUUUGUAAUGAUUCAGACCGCUGGAGUCUAAUCUCCCUCUCCAACAACAGAGGGAAGAACGUCGAACUGAAAUUUGUGGAUUCCCUGCGGCGCCAGUUUGAGUUUAGCGUUGACUCUUUUCAGAUCCGUCUGGACUCACUCCUCCUCUUCUACAAGUGCUCUGAAAACCCCAUGGCUGAGACAUUCCACCCCUCCAUUGUGGGAGAGAGUGUUUACGGAGACUUCAACGUAGCCUUGGACCAUCUGCAACGGAAACUGAUCUGCACUCGAAAUCCAGAAGAGAUUCGGGGUGGCGGCUUGCUGAAGUACUGCCACCUGUUGGUGCGAGGUUUCCGAGCGGCUUCGGAAGCUGAGAUGAAGCUUCUCGAACGCUAUAUGUGUUCCCGGUUCUUCAUCGACUUCUCAGAUGUGGCAGAACAAAGGCGCAAGCUAGAGUCAUAUCUGCAGAAUCACUUUGUGGGAUUAGAGGACCGGAAGUACGAGUACCUGACCACCCUGUAUAGUGUCGUCAAUGAAAGUACAGUAUGCUUGAUGGGACACGAACGGCGACAGAUUCUGAGCCUCAUCACCAUGUUGGCGGUACGUGUUCUGGCAGAGCAGAAUGUAAUUCCCAAUGUGGCUAACGUCACUUGCUAUUACCAGCCUGCACCGUACAUUGCAGAUGGCAACUUUAGCAAUUACUACAUUGCUCAGGUGCAGCCAGUCUAUGCCUGCCAGCCCUCCCACACAUUCUCACCAUGGUUGCCCUGCAACUGACUAACUGUUAACUCACAUUUUGUCCAACAUGUCUAAUUAGAGCACUCGCCCAAUGAGACCAGUUGACAAGUCUGUAUUUGUGUGCUCUACAAUGUGAGGAAAACCCAAGAUUCCCAACUGGUUGCUGCCAGCUCACUGCAAAGAGAAGCUACAAGCACGCCAGAUGAAAAAAAGGGAGGGAGAGUGAGGUAACUUGGAUUCGUUCCCAUCGGGCAGCAUGUUCUACCUAGGCUUUCCAUGGCUAUGUGCCAGGCCUACAGAAGCACAACACUGGCUAAGAGGAAACACCAUGGAAACUCUAUGAGAGUAAUACAGACACAAAAGUGACUAUCUUUGUGUUUGUGUACAUAUGUGUGUGAUAGACAUACUUGAAAAAUCAAAGAUGUCCUGCAUAUUGUGUUGAAAGGGCAGAUAGAUCAGCAAGAGAAAUUUUGAUGCUCACUACUCAUGCUAUCAGACUGAAAUCAAUGGACACUGUUCUCAAGCCAAGGAUAUUCUCAUAGAUACCAGAUACCCAAAAUCAGAUUAUCAGUUAAGUGCCUUAAACUUAAAAAAAUAAAUAAAUAAUAAAAUUAAGUCACUCUGCGAAUGACCCCAAAGUAUGUUAGUCAAGACAUCAUUUUGGAGUCACAUAUGAAUGAAGGUAGUGUACAAUAAUGCAAAUGGAUGACGAGUUUUAAAGGUCACGUCCAACUGAUAGUUGUAAGACCUAUUUCUUAUAAUGUAUUAAUUUAGGGGCCUAUAUGAGAGUGUUGCAUAAGAAGCUUUUUCCAUCCGAGGCACUGGCAAGAUUGGUAUACCUGUGUGUAAGACUGUACAUAUGAGUUUUGCACAGCUUUUUGUUUAAUCUAAACUGACCUCAAUGUACUGUUGGCUCAGUGCUGGCUUAGCUCAGAUUAAAAUGUCCAGGGCAAUGCCAUUACAUCUAAGGCAGAGAAGUAAAACAGUUCGAGGCCGAACAGGAAGAGAAGUAAUGAAAGUUGUUUAAAUCCAAAUUGUUGUAAUCCAGGUUACCUGGUGUCUUUCUUGAGGCCUAAUUAUCACACGGCCACCAAAUCCAGAGAUUAUACUUUUGACACAUCUGACCUGCAUAACCUGGGGGAUUAAGACCAGCAGAUACAUAGCAGUAAGAGGCAGAAGCUCGUUUAAGGGAAGCAGAACAUAUACCAAAGAUAUUCUUGAGAUUCCUCAAGAUUGUGAAGCAACAAUACUUGAUGUAAAAGCAUCUACAUGCUGUUGGAACUUAAUGCAACACAAUACCCCAGUUGAAUGAUUCCAUAGAGUCUGAAUCUGAGUGCUCUGACAUAAGUUAAAGCCCUGUCCCCAGUGUUACCAAUUACACACUUUGGUGACGCAAUACUGCAUAGUCUGUCAAGUGGUAGUCCAAAGGUGUGGACUGGGCAAAAGGAGGGCAUGAGGGGCACUCAGGAGCACCUUUCAGAAACAAAAAUGGGACACCUUAUGGUCACAUGCCUGAAAUGGCGUAUGUUAAGGCCCUGUCCCAAAUGAUACCCUAAGCCCUUACGGUCCUCAGCCGAUUCUACACCCUGGUGUUGCAAUGCUGCAUAGACUGUCCGGUAGUAGUCCAAAGGUGCAUACUGAGCAAAAGGGGCGGGGGGUGGGGGGCAUUAAGGGCACUCAGGAGCACCCUUCAGAAAUAUAAAAAUGGAAAUUCUAUGGUUACAUGCAUACGAUGGUUGCCACACAUCUACAGGACAGCAAGUUGGGACAGGGCUUGAUAAUGUCAUAUGUUUUUAUAGAUAAAUUCGCCCUAACUGAUCAUAUACAUCACUCACAUAUAAUCAUAUCUCUUAUUUUUCUACUGAUUCUACUAUUUUUGUACAUUGUGAUGUUUUGUGCUAAGGUCUUGGUUAGGACUUUACUCUAAUGCUGUGAAAAGUACUGUUGUGUUUUAUGAGUCGAAAGACCCGACCAAGCAUUAGUGCAGCAAAUUCUCCACAAACGUUGGUGUAAAUUUCAUUUCGAGUCAUUGCAUUUGGGUGCCCACACAAGUGUGAAUGUCUCAGUCUAUGUGUGUUUUAACUUCUAAAUUAAACUUGUAUGUGAAUUCAGAUGUGAUGUCAAUAUUGCAAUGUGUCAUGUAUUUGCAAACAUGAAUGACUCAUUAAAUGGUGAUUUUAAAAGUUA